UCAAGAUCCACCAAGAAAAAUCAGAGUAUAAAUGGAAGAAAAUCUCUGAAUUCUUCAUCAUCAACUCUUCCUUUUCCUUCUUCUUGUUCCCCUAUUGUGCAAUGCAGUAGCCUCAGAAUCAAGAAAUGGCGAAGAAGAAGCCAACCCCAUUUCCCUCGCCGUCUACCGACUCCGGCGAGAACGUAGCAGAGGCAGAGGCCUCAGUCACCGGGGAAUGCGAGCGAGCGCUCCUUGUGCUUCGCAAAGGAAACCACGCCAAAGCGCUGAGGCUCAUAAAGGACCUCUGCGUUCGCCACCCAAGCUCCGCUGUUGCCCACAUUGUUCAAGGCGAUAUUCUCUGCCAGUUUGCUACUGUAAUCGACGACCUCAGACUCAAGCACCGCCACCUCAAGAGCGCGGCGGAGUCAAUGCAGCGAGCGACGCUGCUGUCCCCUGAUUCGAUUGAGUUUGGGUAUAUGUACGCGAGUGUGUUGUUCGAUUUGUGCGAGGAUGGUAAAGCAUAUGAAGAAGUAGUGCAAGAAUGUAAAAGGGCAUUAUCCAUUAAACCCAAAAAGGAGAGUCCAGUAAAGGACAGUUAUUUGGGAGUGUCUAUACCAGUGAAGAACCUUAUGGAAACACGAGAAGCUCUGUUCUCCCUAAUGAAAAUAUGUUCUCUUUCGGAUUCCGUGAAGAAUCUUGAGAAAGCGGAUGAAGAGGAGAAGCUUGAGUCGAUUCAUCUUGAGGGGAGUCCGGUAUUAAUUAAGUCGGUUACCAAGGGACCCAUUGAGACUAAGGAGGAAACGGAGACGCAAGAUGAGAAGAGGAUGGAGAUUGAGACCCGGGUAGCAGAAGAAAGGCUUCUGCCCCAGAGGUUGAAGACACCUGAAUCCCAUAAUCAGACAGAUGGAGCGUGUGAUUUGUUUCUGGGACCUCAUAAACCAGGACAAAGAAAGGAGUAUCUGAACGAAAAGGAGAUUAAGCCACAUGUGGAUCAGAUGGAGCAGAUUAAAACUUAUUGGAAUUCCAUAGAUGAUGACAAGAAGAGGGGGUUGCUUAAAGUGAGAAUUUGUGAUCUAAAAGCCCAUUUUGAAUCGUCCAAGGAUGAUACGGUGAUGGAGAUUUUAUCCGAAGCCAUUGGUUUUGCGGAGGAGAACAAAUCUUGGUCGUUCUUGGCUUGUUGCCAUUGUGAUGAGAAAUUUGGGGAUAUUGAACCAUACAGAAAGCACAUUAAUCAGAAGCACAUGGGAAGUCUUUCGCCUGAGUUGUGUUCAGUUAUGCCCCAAGAAGUUGAUAGGCAUUGGGCUGAUAUGAUUGUGAAGGGUAGAUGGAAGCCAGUUGAUAUCCCUGCUGCAUUAAAAACCCUUGAUAGUCAUAGCAGUGCAGAAGGUGGAAUACAUAAGUGGCCGUUGUCGGAUGAUUCUGAGCGCGAAAAGAUCCUUGAGGAAAUCCAUGUCAUGUUCAAAACCCUCCUGAGGCGUAAAUACCUUGCUGCAAGUCAUCUUAGCCUGAUAAUGGAGUACACCGUGAUUGAGAUGCAGGCUAAUUUUUUGGCAUCACAGCUUUUAACUCAUGGUCUGGACAAAACACCUCUGUGCAUCUGCUUUUUGGGAGUUCCUCAUCUUCAACAGAUUCUUGACUAUUUGCGGGUGGUGGCUCAAGCGUGUGGUAUAAAUGAUUCUGAGAAGAUUGGCUCCAUACAAGAGAUGGCCAGUGGCAGAGACAAGUUCCAAAUCAAAGAAAGAAUUGUUUUAUCUGGUGACUCAUUGAUUCUUCUUUUGGAUAAACGCUUCCUGGGAGAAGCUGCCAAUGCAGCUAAUGGCUGGGCAGUAACUUUUGGUAUCAAAGAUCAAGGAGAUUAUGCUCUGCCAGAGACUGAUUCUUUAGUGUCUUGGUUAUUUAGAGGUCCUUCAAUGGAAGAAUUGGAAGAAGUGUGGGCACGUCUAAGAGAAUUUAGAAAACAUAAAGGAGAGGAAAUUUUCCAUAUCCUUGGGAAAGAAUUUUCCCUCUUGGAGAGCUUAUGUAGGAGAAAAUGUGAGCAAUUGGGUUAUGCAAAAGCACUUGAGUCAGUUGAGAGUAUCUGUUUGAAGGAAUUUAAGGACAGGAAGCAACCGGGGUUUGUUCCACGAAGUUAUGAGUCCCUUCUGGAGAGGCGUCGAGAAGAGCUUGAGAAGGAUGAUGAUGCUAUGUCUAUCAGUGUUAGGUUUGAGUUAGAUGUGAUAUCAAAUAUUCUUAAAGAAGCACAAGGUCUGAGAGCUGAUCAACUCGAACGAGAUCAAAAUGAUUUGGAAAGCGAUGAAGAUGAUGGAAGCGAAGAGCGGGAAUACGUGCUUAUAGCACUAUCACAAAAAAUGGAGAGACAUCGAGCUUCUCCUGAGCUUUGCAAACUUGAUGCACGGAUCAUGCAAUGUAUUGAUGGCAGGAAGCAGCUGGAGUUUGAACUUGCAGUAGCAUCUUCUGAUGACUAUAGGCUAGUUAUGGUGAUCCUUCUGAAGUUAUUCAUUCGGGCACACUUGCUGGAACUGGCUGAAAAAUAUGCCAAAGAGAAGUAUGAUGCCGCAACAGAAACAAUGUUAGCACAGCUUGCAAUUGAUGCCAACAAACUACUAACAAAAGAGAUGAUUAUGGGAAACAGACACAGGGAAAAUCAAAGCAUAAGAAAAUGAACAAAUAUUACAGAAAAGCUAAGCAUUUGAAGGUUUUAAUAAGCAUUGGAUCCUAUUCUUUUCCCUUUGCUGUACGGCUAU